AUGCGAACAGAGAAACGUGCCGUUGUCCAUCACCAGACACAAACCCAACGUUUCAGCAUUGAGCCAAUCUCUUGGUAUGAAGAAGUGUCUUUCCAAGUACAGACCCAUGAGUCGUUGUCAAGAUACACCAUCCUUUGCCCAGGGAGGAUCCCCAGCGGCUUCCGGAUGCAUGAAAAAGUGCUUGGGGGAAUAUCAAUGGUCGAGACCGUUUCUUCGUCCCUCGGGCGUCCUGGGAUCAGGGGUCGAUUUUUGAUGAAUACGAAGUUCGACUGCGUGAGGAAGGCCAGGGAAGCCCGAGUCGUGUAUGAACGCGAAAUGCUGAAAAUUCCAGACUUGGAUAAUACCAGUGAUGUCGCUGGUGAUGAAGAGCGCUACGUCGGGGGAAAACUCGAAUUCGGAAGCUCGGGCUCGCACUUCUAG